CGGCCAUCUUAGAGCUACCGUGGUAACCGACACUCAUCUUCUGGAUUUUAUUUUUCUUGUUAGAGAAACAUUCCGCCUGACUGACGGGGGGAAAAGAAGGCUGUCUUUUACUUCGCCGCGGUUGAACUCGAAGUCGGGAUGCGGUUCCGAGGGAAUAAACAAUUUGCAUCCGCUGUCGGACUGGUCCUUGGACUAUUAUGUGCGGUGGAGGCAGCUAAAGUCAAUAAGCACAAACCAUGGAUCGAGACGACGUACCACGGGAUCAUAACGGAAAAUGAUGACAAAGUACUUCUGGACCCCCCUCUAAUUGCAUUGGACAAGGAUGCUCCUCUACGCUACGCAGGUGAGAUUUGCGGCUUCAGGAUCCACGGGCAGAAUGUCCCCUUUGAGGCAGUGGUCCUGGACAAGUCCACUGGUGAGGGGGUCAUCCGGGCUAAAGACAAGCUGGACUGCGAGCUGCAGAAGGAACACACCUUCACCAUCCAAGCUUACGACUGUGGAGAGGGACCUGAUGGCGCCAACAUGAAGAAAUCUCACAAGGCCACAGUCCACAUCCAGGUGAACGACAUCAACGAGUAUUCACCAGUUUUCAAGGAGAAGUCCUACAAAGCCACCAUUAUUGAGGGAAAGAAGUAUGACAGCAUCUUGAAGGUGGAGGCAGUGGACGCCGACUGUUCUUUCCAGUUUAGCCAAAUCUGCAACUACGAGAUUGUCACCCCAGAUGUGCCCUUCACCAUCGACAAAGAUGGCUUCAUCAAAAACACGGAGAAACUGAGCUAUGGCAAAGAGCGCAUGUAUAAGCUAACUGUGACCGCCUACGACUGUGGAAAGAACCGUGCCUCCGAGGACGUUCUGGUCAAGAUCAGCGUCAAGCCCACCUGCAAGCCCAGCUGGCAAGGCUUCAAUAAGAGGAUUGAAUAUGAGCCUGGCACAGGUAGCCUGGCCCUUUUCCCCAGCAUGCACCUGGAGACCUGUGAUGAGCCAAUCACGUCCAUCCGAGCCAAUAUUGAACUGGAAACCAACCAUAUUGGGAAGGGCUGCGACCGUGACACCUACUCGGAGAAGUCGCUGCACAAGCUCUGCGGGGCAAGCUCCGGCACUGUGGAACUUCUGCCGGCUCCCAGCAGCGCCACGAACUGGACGGUAGGGCUGCCCACCGACAACGGGCAUGACAGCGACCAGGUGUUUGAGUUCAAUGGGACCCAGUCCAUCAAGGUUCCAAAUGGACUGGUGAGCACCAGCCUGAAGGAGCCCUUCACCGUCUCUGUGUGGAUGAGACAUGGCCCCGGGGCCCAUGAGAAGGAGACUAUACUCUGCAACUCUGACAAGAAAGAGAUGAACAGACACCACUACUCGCUCUACGUCCACAACUGCAGACUGAUCCUUCUCCUCCGCCAGGAUCCAUCAGAGGCCGAGAACUACAAACCAGCCGAGUUUCACUGGAAACUUGACCAGGCGUGUGACAAAGAGUGGCAUCACUAUGUGCUGAAUGUGGAGUUCCCCACUGUGUCUCUGUUUGUGGAUGGAACUACCUUUGAGCCCUUCCUGGUUACAGAGGACUACCCGCUGCAUGCCUCCAAGAUCGAAACUCAGCUCACCAUCGGUGCUUGCUGGCAAGACAACUCAGGACAUGACAAUGACACUGAGUCAGUCUCUGAGCCCACUUCAGGCGGAAAUGCUCGAAUGGCUCAGUUUUUCCGGGGGAACCUAGCAGGGCUGAUGAUCCGCUCCGGCAAGCUGGAGAACAAGAACGUGAUCGACUGUUUGUACACCUGCAAGGAAGGACUGGACGUGCAGCUGCCUGAGGAGGUAGCUGCAGCUGUCAAGGUGGAGUUCAACCCCAACCAGUCAGCACUGACCGUGGAGGGCGAUGACAUUGACGCCUUUGACAAGGUCAUGCAGCACAUCUCCUACUUGAACUCCCGCCAGUUCCCGACCCCUGGUAUCAGGCACCUUCGCAUCUCCACCACCGUCAAGUGCUUCAACGAGGAGUCCUGCGUUACGGUGCCAGAUACUGAAGGUUACGUGAUGGUGCUGCAGCCCGAAGAGCCCAAGAUCAGCCUGAGCGGCAUUGACCACUUCGCCCGCAGCGCUGCCGAAUUCGAGAGCCACGAAGGUGUGACACUUUUCCCCGAACUACGCAUCGUGAGCACCAUCACCCGCGAAGUGGAGGCCGACACGGAGUCUGAAGCGGCAGAGGGAGCUGAUGAUGACCCUACGGUGCAAGAGACUGUGGUGUCAGAAGAGAUCAUGCACAACCUGGACACGUGUGAAGUGACUGUGGUGGGAGACGAGCUGGACGGGGAGCACGAGAGCCUGGAGGUGGACGUGCCCCAGCUGCAGCAGCACGGCCUGGAGAUGACUUCCUCUAACCUGGGCCUCGUUGUUACCGGUGUGAACACCAUGGCCAACUACGAGCAGGUCCUGCAUCUCAUCCAUUACAAGAACUGGCACACCGAGGCUCUCUUUGACAGGAAAUUCAAGCUGGUCUGCUCUGAACUCAACGGUCGCUACAUCAGCAAUGACUUCAAAGUCGAGGUGAAUGUGAUCCACACAGCCAAUCCCGUGGAGCAUGCCAACAAUGCCAUGGUGCAGCCCAACUUCAUUAACCCCGUGCAUCAUGCCUCUGUGGAUCUGUCUGGUCACAACCUGGUCAACGCUCAUCAGGCCUCAGUGGUUCCCAGCGCUGCCACCGUUGUCAUUGUGGUGUGCGUUAGCUUCCUGGUGUUUAUGAUCAUCCUGGGUGUGUUCCGCAUCCGUGCUGCACACCAGCGCACUAUGAGAGACCAGGAGAACGGCAAGGAGAACGAGAUGGACUGGGACGACUCGGCACUCACCAUCACCGUUAACCCCAUGGAGACGUACGAGGACCAGCACAGCAGCGAGGAGGAGGAGGAAGAGGAGGAGGAGAGCGAGGACGGAGAGGAGGAAGACGACAUCACGAGCGCUGAGUCCGAGAGCAGUGAAGAUGAGGAGGGCGGGGAGCCGGAGGACCAGCAGGGGGCCAGCAGACAGCAGCAGCUGGAGUGGGACGACUCCACCCUCACCUACUAGAAUGACACGCUCCCCCAACGCGCACGUUUAACACUCAACACUAGCUCUCACACACACACACACACCACCAACACGCUCACUGCUCGGCACACACUCCCACCCACUACAGUUUCAUGUCCAAGGAGCCAUGAUUUUAAAAAAAAUGAGAAAAAGAAAAGAAACCUUCCCUUGAGCGUAUAUAUGGUCAAGGCUUUCCUGUUGUUAUCUUAGUGGUGGUACUCUGUGUAGUGUAGUCAUCACCGGAUUGCUGAUUUUUACUGUUUAUUUUUUUAUUUAUUAUAUUUUAAGUCCCAGGAAAACUUGGCCUACAUUUGUUUUGAACUGUGUGAGGAAGCCAACCCUGCACUUUUUGAUUUCUCUCAGACGUAAGGCUUUUCAAAUGGAGAAUUCUUUUUCCUAAUGUAUAUUCUUUGCUUAAUACUUUUAAAAUUUAAUUGCCGCUAAACUCACGUGUAGCUUUGACUUGAGUUUUCUUGACUUGUAGUCCACAGUGAAACGAAAUGAUGCUUUUAACAAGUAGAUCGCAUUUACUUUGUUUUUUUCCACCUUUUUUUUCUCUUCUUUUAGUGCAUGAGGAUAUUUGACUCAUAUGUGUAGAGAAAUAAAUUGCUUUUUAAAGAUUUUGUAAAUAUAAAGAAACCAUGUAAUUAGUCGAUGUGUUAGUAAAGGCCUACUCAAUGGGGUCCAAUAUCUAAAAUGACGCAGUACGUAAUGUAGAAUAUUUGUGUCACAGAGGCUGUAGCAUGUCGCUAAAUUUCUGCAAAAGCUGUUCCAUCUUGCUUGUACAAAAAUGUCUACUUCACGAUCAGAAACCCAGGACUGUUCAGCGGAGGUUUCCAUGACAAAGUGGUGUCCAUUUUGUCUUUUUUUUUUUUUUUUUUUUUUUGCUAAGAGGAAAAUAAUUUCUUUUGCUUUCUUGUAGGCAGGACUGGUGGAUGGUUUCAGCUUCAUACAUGCUUUGCUUUGCUUGCACAGGUGGCAGUGCUCUUCUCCAGGCGUCAGUGUGUUUCAUUCCCAAUAGAUCUCACUGUUGUACAGAAGGGAUUUUCUUUUUGUUUUCCUAAUCAUACUCAGAGAAAUGCUAAUGUACAAAUUGACAUUUUGCGUGGAACGGCGCAGGCCUGCAGAUACUGUAGUGCUGUUGAUCUUGAAAUAUGGGUACCAACAUUUCUGCCAGUGUAUUUGGACAAGUAGAGACUUCCUCAGCAGCUUUUAAAGCCUUUUUCAUCCGUAACCCAGUCUUGCUGUGCUGACAGAAGUAGGAUGGAAAAAGCCCUUCAAACUACUGAAAGAGCAGAAUUCUGACAGAGCUUUAGUGGAGCCUGCUUAAAUAGUGCAGUUACUGGCAUUGUUUUGGGGGAGAGAAGUAAAAUGAAAGUACUUUUCAGGGUUGCUUUGUUGCAAGUUCCCUUUCCUUCUGCACGGGUAUUUAACCUGAAAUAAUAAAACACGAAUUACACCUGAGGGUAUAACUGCAUAGUUUACAAUAGGAAAACAUUUAAAAAGAAUUAGAUAGAUUUCUUAUUUGAAUCUUAAAAUUAAAUUUUUUUUGCAGUAGACCACUAGAUUUUAUUGUACAUGGAACUGUACUCUAGAGUUGUAUUAAGAUAUUUGUUUACAUUUGGUAAACUUCUUUUCCUUCUGGUAUUGGCAUAGAGCUUAUACUAUUGAUUGGGAAAAUGUGUCCAACCUCUAUCUCCCCCUCAGACGCUGUCGUCCAUCACUGUUGUAUAUAUCUUUCACAAAACCUGACACAAACGUACCGUCACACUUAACUACUUAGUGUUUGUCUCAUGUUUUUGGGUACCUAGUAAAAAUGUAAACAUUUCCCAAACUUGCGUUAAUUAAAGCAUGAACAGAAUGUGGCAUUAUCAGGAUUGGAAAUGUUGGCGUUGCGUGCGUGUCUCUAUUCAGAGGCCAAAACUGAAUUCAGAAACACAUUCAAGGCUCUUUUUUGGAGACAGUUUCCAGGCAACUUUCGAGGGUUCGAGUCGCACCAUCGUGUUUCUUAGGUUCAGUUAAUUUAUAAUUUUUAAAGGUGUGUGGCGGAAAUGUAGUGAACAGUCUCCCCUCCACGGUGACUUGGGACUCGUAAUAAAAGGUUGCCAGGUCUGAGCCGGCUGAGAUGGGAGUGCCUUUUUCCGAUCAUAGCGCAAUUAGCAGGUCUAACAAAAACACUCAUCCGUGCUCUUUUUAUUUGUGGCAAUUUUUUUUUAAUGCUAGAUUUCUUAAAGAGCUGGGGAUUACAUUUCCCUUCAGUUUGUUGUAACGAUAGUCCACUGCUAGUUUUAUUAAAAGUGAAAAAUGUUUUACAUAGAUGUCAUGUGUCCAUGUCGAUGUGUAGAGGAAGUAGAUCCAUAUUGUAUCUUAUAUAGAUAUUGUACUAAAUCAUUGACGGAAUCCACCUUUAAAAAGAUGUACAGUACAUUAUGAAAUUCCUUUGACAGCAUACAUGGGUAUACUGUUAACUGACCUAUUUGUGUAUAGUGGAUGGUAAUUUUGAACGGCGUCCUAUUGCCUGAAUUGUUGAGAAAUGAUUUUGAGGGCAGCAUGAAUUUCACACGAACCAGAGUAUAAGCCUGUCGAAAUUCUCAGUUUCAUUAUGUCAAACACUUCAUGUCCACAUUUCAUCUGCAAUUUUAAAAGUUACAAUAACCGUGGGUCACUGAUAUGUGCACAAUGACUCCCGCCAUCUCCAGUUUUCUGGGUUUGAUGUUUUCUGAUCAGCCCCUGAGCUAAGUGUAAGUUGGUUGAAUUGAAUGUCACUGCCUAACAAACUGAAAUGCAGCCAUACUGUAUUAACACUAAGAUGUAAGGGGAAUUUACUUUGCAUGAACCACAAGUUUGUGCACGUUCCAUGUGGGGUUGUGAGACUGGAGUGAGAAAGGAGACGUGAUAGACUACUGAUUCUCAGAUUGUCCGUUUCACACGUCCAGAUAUUGUUUUUCUUUUUCAGUUUGUUUUCUUUUUAAAUCUUUGCUCAAAAUGGAAGGUGACGAUGUUUUCAGAACGGUUGGAUGCUUCCUUUGUGCUUGUUGGAGCUGCUCUCACUUUUCUACCAAUUGGAAGGCAAAUUGUAGUGAAGUUGAUGCUUGCUCGUAAACAAAAUAAAGGAUGAUGAGAUGGGGUAUAACUUA